AUGCAAUUUGAUGAAAAUGGAAAAGCUGUUAAACAAUACAUUGGAGAAGGUGAAAAUGGUCCAAUUAAUUCAUACCGUCAUAAUCCAUAUUCUUAUUUCAAUGAAGAAUUAAAUGCUAUUGAAGAGGGACCGGAUGGAUUACCACGAUAUUCUAACCAGUUUGAUGGUCAAUAUGCAAAUAUUAGACCUGAAAUUUCAGCUAAGAAAUUCUUUAAAGUUGCUUUAUUCGAUCCAGUUUUCGCAAAUGUUAAAGAUGAACUUAAACAACAAUUCCAACCAAUUAUAGUAGCAAGAAUUGCAUCAGGUGCUUUAUCUCAAGCAUUCAAAGAUUUAAUUAAGAAACCAUUAUAUCAGCAACGAGGUUUAACUUAUGAUUUAGUUAAGGAAUCAGAUAAAAGAAAAUUUGAGAAAUCAGUUGAUUAUAAGAAUGCAAUUAAUGAAUAUAUUCGGUCUAUUAAUUUCGAUGAAACAGCUAAAAAUCAACUUCAUGAACAAAUACAGGGGAUAAUAGAUUCAAAAGUUCCAGCAAAAUAA